AUGGAACGAGAAGAAGCACGGCCGCAAACAAAACUCCUGCGUCGAGCCUGGUAUGCUCUUAAGAAUGCAAAAGGAUAUUUACAUCAAUUUUUCCUAAUUUUGGAAACGCUCUCUACUUUUGCUCCGACCACCACAGCUAUAAAUUCCGAUGUGGAACCACCAUCGUCACAUCAAUCGUUUUUAUCACUUCCAGACGACGUUGUUCUGAACUGCUUAGCACGCAUAUCGAGAUCGUACUACCCGAAACUCUCCCUUGUCUCCAAGACCUUUCACUCUCUCAUUAGAUCCGAUGAGCUCGCGAUGGAGAGAUUUCACCUCAAAACCACCGAAGCCUUAUUUUACGUCUGCUUACAGUUUACCGAUCAUCCAGUUCCCUCCUGGUUUAGCCUCUGGAUAAAACCUGAUCAAAUUCUAACGAAUGACAUGGAGGAGGAUUAUAACAAGUCUACUGGAAACACUUUGUUGGUAGGAAUACCCUCACCAACAAUAGAUAUUGGUUUGGUUGGUUCCAAAUUCCACAAAUUUAUUCCGCAAAAAAUUUCUCCCACGUUAUCGUUAUCUCCCAUGUAUUCCCGUAAUAAGGGGAAUAGCUUCGUCUUUAGAGCCCCUAUCAUGAAGGUGGCUCGAAAUAAUAACGCCGUUGCUGGCUUCCUCGACGGGAAAAUAUACGUCAUGGGUGGUUGCAGCCCAAAUGAAUCCACGAGUUGGGCUGAGGUUUUUGACACAACGACUCGAGUUUGGGAAUCUUUACCUGAUCCUGGCCAUGAGCUCCGCUCCUCUUUCAUUAAACCAUUGAUAGUGACUAAAGGAAAGGUUUACGUUGAGAGCAGCAACAAGAAGAAUAUUAAUUUUUAUGAUCCAAAACAAGGUAGAUGGGGCGUUGCAGAAAAUCGACCCUUGGUUGAAAAGACGUGUGUGAUAGAGAAUGUUUUAUACUCAUGCGAUCGUUUUGGUUGUUUUUGGAGUGACACAAAGCAUAACAAGUAGAUGGUGGUCCACGGUUUGGAGGUAUUUAAUAGGAAUCGUCGUGGUGGUAUUAUUGCAUUAGCUAACUUCUGUGGGAAACUCUUAGUCUUAUGGGACAGGCCUGGUCCUUGUCAAAACACGAACAUUUGGUGUUCGGUUAUUGCGCUCGAAAGACGGGAUGAAGUCGUCUGGGGACACGUUGAGUGGGCUAGUGUUGUGCUUACGGUUCCCAGUUCUUACCAUUUCUUGCGUUGCCAAGUGA